GCCGACAUGCCCCUGGCGUUUGUAGUGUUUGGUGUCCGUAAUGUCCUUACCGCGGCCAAACCUUCUCGAUGGCGACUAGCAGACGAUUGGGUCUUUGCGCCUUGUCCACCCAACAAGUUAAGGCGAUUCUCGAGUUUGGCCGAAGCCGCGACUAUGGGAGGCGGAGCAUUUUCGACGGCUAAGUCGGAAGCAACCACAAGCGCCAUGGUUCCUUGCAUGGAAGUGUUGUCGGUCGGCGUGUCCAUAAUCGGGACGCGGCAAAUCCUACGAUAACCCAAAUGCGCGGCCGUAAAGCGCGGGUCGAGUAAAGAUGCUACCUGGGCUUUAGUGGAGCCGUGGAUCGCGGCCCGCUCCGUGGCG